AUAUUUUCUGUUUUGGAUCUACCCGAUUUUGCCUGUUUCUUGUGCUUUAUUCUCCUGUUGAGCUCCGCACACCAGCCUCUGUUGCUAUGUUAUGAGAAAACAUCCCGCCCAUCGGCUUGGCGACGGGAAUUCACCUGCCAUGCGCAGGGAAGAACUGACCCGACAGGCUGCACUGUUUACCGCCUUGAUCAGCUAACCCAGGUCCUGUCCAAGAAAACGUACCAAAAGCACGCUUUGCAACCAGUUUGGCAUGUAAUCGCCAACAGGAAUAACAGGGCAUAGAACAUCCUAGAUUCUAUCGGAAGGCUCCAUGUCGCAAUAUUUGCUACCAAGAAUGGGGAGAAACGCCAUAAGAUAACGCAGUGUUCAAGAGGAAAAUAAUCUCUGGGCCGCACCGCUGUAGUGCACAAGGCUUGUUGGAGAAAAGGUCGAGGGCCAAGAGGAAGAUUUAUUUGCGGGGUGCUGCUGGCCGGCAUCGGGACAAAUAAGCUAAAAAGCUAAUCAGUUGCCUAGCGUCAUUUCUAGGAUCGUGCUUUUCUAUGUGUGGCCAUGCACAAGAGGAUGGAUCAUGAUCGGGACAGAAUCGCUGCUGACAGAAAGCAGUCGAAGUCGAGUGGGCGCAGCGGUCGUACCCACAACCCUUCCAACUCUGGGGUGCUCAUGGUAGGGCCCAACUUCAGAGUCGGCAAGAAAAUUGGAUGUGGAAAUUUUGGAGAAUUAAGAUUAGGAAAGAACUUGUACAACAAUGAGCAUGUGGCCAUCAAGCUGGAACCAAUGAAAUCCAGAGCACCACAGUUGCAUCUGGAAUAUAGGUUUUACAAGGCACUCGGCCAAGCCGAGGGCAUACCUCAGGUCCAUUACUUCGGCCCAUGUGGCAAGUAUAAUGCAAUGGUCCUGGAGCUGCUGGGACCCAGCCUGGAGGACCUCUUCGAUCUCUGUGAUAGGCAGUUCACGUUAAAGACUGUUCUCAUCAUAGCAAUUCAGUUGAUAACAAGGAUAGAGUACGUCCACUCCAAACACCUCAUCUACAGGGAUGUCAAACCGGAGAAUUUCCUCAUAGGACGACAGAACAACAAGAACCAAAACAUCAUCCACAUUAUUGACUUUGGGCUGGCCAAAGAGUACAUUGACCCAGAGACUCACAAACACAUCCCCUACCGGGAACACAAGAGUCUGACGGGGACGGCGAGAUAUAUGAGCAUCAAUACUCAUUUAGGCAAAGAGCAAAGUCGAAGAGAUGACCUAGAAGCGUUAGGACACAUGUUUAUGUACUUCCUAAGAGGUAGUCUACCAUGGCAGGGAUUGAAAGCAGACACAUUGAAGGAGCGUUACCAGAAGAUAGGAGAAGUGAAGAGAGCCACCCCUAUAGAGGUGCUGUGUGAGGGAUACCCAGAAGAGAUGGCCACGUACCUGCGCUAUGUGCGGAGAUUGGACUUCUUCGAGACGCCUGACUACGACUACUUGAGGAAACUGUUCCAGGACCUGAUGGACAGGAAGGGCUGGAAGAACGACGGGGAGUUUGAUUGGACAGGAAGGCAGCUGUCCACCCCUGUUGGCUCCAUCCAGAGCCACACCAACGAUGGACCCCUGUCACCCAUCCAGCCGGAAAUUGCACGCAGAGACAAACAAAGCAAGCCCAGAGAGAGAAUGGGAGCAUGGGAGCAACAGAGGACCAACUUGAUGGUCCCCAACCCCGAGCUCCACGGCUCGGUCCAAGUGGUCAGCUCCACAAACGGGGAGCUGAACAAUGAUGACCCGACCGCCGGCCACUCCAACGCCCCCAUCACCCAGCAGGCAGACGUGGAGGUGGUGGAUGAGACCAAGUAUGAGAAACUGUGCUGCUGCUUCUUCAAGCGGAGACGGAAGAAGGCCGGCACCCGCCGCAAAUGACUGGUAGCCAUCUACAGGCCCGACCAACGGAGCCUGAUCUCCAACGAGCCCACGCAAUAACAUCUACACCGAGCCUUCCUAGUCCAACCACUCCACGCCAUGUGAUCUACCAGCCGUCUAUCCCGUACAGCAGCCAACACAGCUGUAGUUCUAGUCCUCAGUUUGAUGGAAGCAUUACAGAUUGUCUUUACACAUUGCACAAAUGUACUUUCAAUAGAAAAAUGCUACACUAUGCCAUAAGUCAGGUUCAACAGUGGCUGCUGUACAGGAGAGAUAUUACAUACUGAAUAUUUAGACCUGAAUGACAGCAAUUUAGAAAAUCCUGCACCAAUGCCCAGAGGAAUAUUAGUGAUGUUUGAGAACUAUCCCCCUGCUCCCUGUGUGCUUCUAGUUCUCUAGUGUCUCUGUAGUCAUUUAGUGGCCAAGGCAAGGUUCGGAGGAAUUUCUAAUGCUUCAUAGUUUUUUUUAUCAUUUGUAAGGGAUUGUGCAGAAAUUUCUAAAUUGCCUAUGAAAGUAAGCCUACUAGCUUGAGUUGUUGGAGAUCUGGUCCCCCCACCCCCUUCCCUACCAUGUACAAAUUACCUGCUGCUGUCUGCUAAAGGAGUGCUCUUGGAAGUUUGGAAUUUUUCCACAUGAUUGUCAACCUUUCAAAGUAUGCCUAUCUCUGGAUUGCAUCGAGAAUAAGAUUUACAAAAGUGACUAAACCCCACAUCCAUCAAUGCAGGGAUACAGCUAUGUUGUGCCCAUGUAGCUUUGAAGGAAGGGCCUGUAGAUUUUGAAUACCUUCAUUUGGAAAAUUGUCUGAACUUCGAGGCAAUCCAUGGUACAUGUAAAUUUGAUGUCAGUACAUGUGUGUGUGUGCUGAAAAAACCCCAUGGGUGCCGAGAUUUGCAGAUCUUUAAAGUCCUAGUGUACUAGGUGUAAAUGUAUAUCACUUGUGGACAGCUUGAUUUUUAACAUUCCUCCUUGAGUUUUGGUCGCGGUUGAGUCGUGGGUGACAGCGUUUCCUGGACUGAUUUUAGCCAACAAGUUGUCACGUCUGCGGACCAACCACGCAAAGUAGCGUAGCACUUUUUUGAAACCAUUCAGGUUGUCUUUGUACCGUUAAUGGUUUCGUCAAAUGGAGAAUAAAUGUAGCUAGCUGCAGUGUCCACAAUAGCAUGUCACCAUAGCCUUCAUCUCUGUGGCUCCGAAAGUUGAACAACCCAAGUUACAGUACAGACACAUGGGGAUGAGAGGAACACGUACUAAUGAAGCCAUGUUCUACAUGUGCGGUUAGCCGACACAGUGAACCCAGUUCUUGCAGCAAAUUGAUACUUUGCAUAACUGCUAGAUUUCUGCUUUCUGAAAUGGAAUGUAGUGGAAAAAAUGAGGCAGCAUGUGUUCCAUGACAGAAGUUGGAAAGUGCUCUAUUGCUAAAACAAGUACAAAGUGACCCGAGCGGUUGAGAAGUUGCAAUAUGAUUACCAGUGCUGCAGGAAUGUCAGUCAGACGUGGCUUCAAAGGUACACUGUAUUCAACACAGUAGAGAAUAUGCCGCAGAAGUAGGCACCAGUUUUUUUGUCUUGUGGCAUUAAUGUUUGAUCAUUCCUCAUGUAAACAUUUGCUUUUUGAGUGGUGUCGAGACACCAGACUACCUAAAGGUCACAACAUUGUUUGUGCCAGGACACACUUGUACAAUACUGUAGCAUGUUUAAUUUUUAGUUUUUGUUUUCAUUUUUUUGUUGCAAAACGAAGGACACUGUAUAGGUGCAAUCAUUUGUACAGAACUUUUCAGUCAGCACCUAUGGAAAAUGUCGAGCUUGUUAUAGUCUCUUUUCUCUUAAACAGAUUUUUUGAGAUUUUUCUUUCCAACCCAAGCAGAAAAUAAGCAUGUUCACUGUUGUUGCUGCUUGUGAGACCACCAUGUGAUCCUAAAGAACAAAAUAUGUGAAGAAAGCAAAAAAUGUUUUGUCAUUGACUAUAUGUGCCCAUAUAAUCUGUUCCUAUGUCCUUGUCAAUCAGAAACCUCAGCUUCCAGUGACUGCUCAAAUUGCUACCACCUUAUUGUGUGCAGCUGAUCUCAGAGCACGUUUUGAUGUUUUUAACUAUCUAUGCCGACCCAAUGGACGUGGAGAUAUGCUGCCAAAAUCACAUUGUACUACAUGUAGGCACUGGGAUGACAAGUCCAACAGAGAAGGGCUUGUAGUUGGCGCAGUGGCUGCCUUGGGAGGGAACUGAUCAUUUUAACUAGACAAAGUCGCAUUGUUGACGACCAACACUUCAAAUUCUGCGAACACUGACUUAACAUUACAGCUAUCUUUAUCACAGACACCUAAUGCCUACAUACCAUCUUUGACCAAUAUUUUGUGACUGUUUGAAAUAGCAACAUUUGAAUUUUUCAUGUGAUGUCCUAUCAGUCAAGUGGUAUGCAGUACUGAACCUUUUACCAGUGGUGGUUUCUGUGAGGUUUUUCCUGUUGAUCCUCCCAUUUACUUGUUUCCAAAAUGGUCUCCAUUCUCAGUACCACCCAGGGGGUAGUUGACAGAAGUAACUUGUGCCUGUGUAUAGCCAACAGAAGGGUGCUCUUCUUACAAGACACAUUACAUUGUACAGUAUAUGAUGUAUGUUGAUGUAGCAUUCUGCUGAGUUUCCUCACAGCUCUGUAUAUACAGUUGCAGGCUUGCCAUUAUGUAGGGUAUGGGUACAACAGUCUCAUGGUAACCCAAAGUUUGUUAUCCUGCAAAAAUAUCCAUGGUUGCCUUAUAUAAUGAUUCUGUGUUCAUUCAAAUUUCUCAGUUCUACAUUUCAUUAUGUAGAAUAUAUAUUUUUUUAAUUUGCCAGAACUGUUUCUGCCACAAUUAUUCACUGCCAUUGGCUUAAGUCUGGUGUUUCAAUACUAUUUGCUUGGGAGCAACAUUCAAAAAUGUUAGUUCCUUGAUGUGUCUAUGAAGACUUGAAUGUGGCCAUGGAUUUUUACAGGGGAAGUGUAAGGGAGUAUGCAGGAUUUUUUUAUUACAUAUUUUUACCACUCCCGUAACAUUUCACAUACUGAAGUUGCACAACCACCGGAGGAAAGAUUUAACCUGUGGUUGUUUUGCUGUAUGAAAGCCUGUUGUUGCACCAAACCCUACAUUAUGGCAAGGCUGCACUGGAAGGAUAAGACUUUUUUCCUGCACAGAGCUCAUGAAUGGGAAUAACAGAUAACAAUUUUGUGAACUACAAAUUUGUAGAUGUGUCAAGUCAGAAGUGAUACAAAUCCAAGAGAAAAUUCAACUGCAGCAUCUUUGUAUUUUGACAGACUGUUCUAGCGGAGUAGUCAUUUUUCUCAUGUACACUGAGCUGUGUGCAGACAUGCAUUUCUUGUGAGAUGUAUUCAAAGGCAUUUAGCUUGUAUCUGCCUGGCUUUUCAAGACUGGGAUGUAGCAGUGAUGAGACAGGAAUACAAAUUAGAUAAAUCAGUGCUUGUAACAACCAAAAUUUGUUCCAAACUUUCAUACCAAGUUCAGCGUUUUCAAAGAUGUGAUUACAUUAUGACCUGUUCCCCACUUGUGUCUCUAUGAUCUCAGAAAAGACUCAUUGUAAAUUUAUCUGUAGAAUUCUUUGCUCUCUACAUGAAGUUUUUGUUUGAGCUAUUCUUGGUCACAAUAGUGUCAUAUUUUUUGUGCAGCUCCUUUUAGUGAAUAAACAAUGAGAAGAUGGGA